AUGUCGUCGGCUUCACAACGUCUUUCAGCUAUUGCCAGCCAAAUUAGCGGCGGGGGCGAGUCCCUUGCCAGAAAACGAGUACUCGCAAAGAGCGCCGAUGAUAUUGUCAUUACACUCGCCGUCCGGACACCACUCACCAAAGCCAGAAAAGGUGGCUUAAAAGAUACCCCAUUAGACGAUCUCUUAAUCUCUCUAUUGACUACCGUCCGCGAAAAAUCCAACCUCGACCCCAACCUCGUUGAAGAUGUCUGCGUCGGCAACGUCCUUAACCCCAGCGCAGCAUACCUAGCUCGCUCCGCCGUCCUCGCGGCCGGCUUCCCCGCAACAACCGCCGCAUCAAUCGCCAGCCGCUUCUGCUCUUCAGGAUUGCUAGCUGUCCAACAAAUCGCAAACCAGAUCAUCGCCGGCUCCAUCGAAGUUGGUAUCGCUAUUGGCGCAGAGUCCAUGAGCACAAACCCCGAUGGAGGCGCACCCACAUUCUCCGAUAAGAUUCUGAACCAUCCACUCGCAUCCCAGAACCAGCAACCAAUGGGCCAGACAUCGGAAAAUGUAGCUGGACAAUUUGGAUUGACUCGCGCACAAAUGGACGCAUUCGCAGCAUCGAGUUUUCAAAAGGCCGAAAAGGCGCAGAAAGCAGGCUGGUUCAAGGACGAGAUUAUCCCUAUCAAGACGACAAUCAAGGAUCCCAAGACCGGAGAAUCCAAAGAAGUCAUCGUUGACAGCGACGAUGGUAUUCGCUACGGUACAACAGCCGAAAGUCUCGGUAAGAUCCGCGCGGCGUUCCCUCAAKGGGAMCCCAGCCAUACCACUGGUGGAAACGCGUCGCAAAUCACAGAUGGCGCUGCUGCCUUGAUAAUGAUGAAGCGUUCUCGCGCUGAGCAGCUCGGUCAACCAAUUAUUGGGAAAUUCGUGGCGGCUACGGUGUCUGGUCUCGAACCUCGGAUUAUGGGUAUUGGGCCAAGUGUGGCUAUUCCGAAGAUUCUUUCAAAGACGGGGUUGAACCAGGAGGAUGUCGAUGUUUUUGAGAUUAAUGAAGCGUUCGCUUCUAUGGGAGUAUAUUGUGUGCAGAAAUUAAAUCUACCACCGAGCAAAGUCAAUCCCCGUGGUGGAGCAAUUGCCUUUGGUCACCCCCUCGGCGCCACAGGAGCACGACAAGUUGUCACAGCACUGGCUGAAUUGCGGAGGUCUAAUAAGCGAGUUGCAGUCACAUCAAUGUGUGUAGGCACGGGCAUGGCUAUGGCGGCUGUUUUUGUUUCCGAGCAUUGA